AUGGUACAAGAUAUUGGCAGCGGCAGCGGCAGCGACCCUGCCCCCGCGCCCUCCGAGCCCAAACCCGCCGCCAACGGCACCCUCCCUUCUUCGAAACCGCACGACGCCCCCGCGCAUCCGCUCUCCGAGGUCUCGCGCCAGCUCAACGACAAGAUCAAUGCCUUCCUCGCCGACCAGACAAAGGACCCCAUGCUCCAGAGGGUCCAAGCCCAGGUCCGCGUGGCCAUUGAGGUAGUGGAGGAGGCCUACCGGAGAUUCAGACCCGAGCAAAUCUCCCUCUCCUACAAUGGCGGCAAGGACUGCCUCGUGCUCACAAUCAUCGUCCUCGCUUGCCUGUCACGACGCUCCGCCGCCGCCGAGGGCGAGACGACUUACCCCGCCACCUUCCCCGCCGUCUACGUCGUCUCACAGCACCCGUUCCAGGAGGUCGACGACUUCGUCGCCUCCACGAGCGCCGAGUACCACCUGCAGGUCUCGAGCUACCACGCGCCGAUGCGAGAAGCCCUGACCAUCUACCAGGCUGAGAACCCCAAAAUAGAGGCCAUCUUCGUGGGCACCAGACGGACGGACCCUUUCGCGGAGAAGUUGCAGCAUUUCGAUCCGACAGACGCAGGCUGGCCUUCGUUUAUGCGGGUACACCCUGUGAUUGACUGGCACCUCGCCCGGCAGUUUAUUAGGCACCUCAACAUCCCAUACUGUGAACUAUACGACCAAGGAUACACCUCACUAGGCGGUAGACUGAAUACACAUCCAAACCCUCUGCUAAAGAAGGAGGGAGAAGCAGGUUUCCGACCUGCAUAUGAACUUGUAGAUGACAAUGUGGAACGACUAGGUCGGGAUAGAUAA